AUGAGAUCACAUAUUCAAUUAAUUACGACUCUUACACCUCAAGCCUUUAAAGACUGGCUAGCAAUAUUAUUUGUUGCUAUCUUAUUAUGUAUUGCUAGGUAUUAUUACUCCUAUUUCACUCGUCACAAUCCUUUACCAGGACCUUUUCCGUUUCCUCUAAUUGGUAAUCUUCAUCUAUUUCACGGAGAAAUUGAUGCUGUAUUUUUUAAUCUUCAAACAAAAUACGGUGAAAUAUUUGAAGUAUUUAUAGGUUCGGAACGUAAAGUUUGGUUAGGAAAUGCAAAACUUGUUAAGAAAAUUAAUGACCCAUCACCAAAAUCAAACUUUCCAAUUCGUGCUAAGGGAUCAUGGAUUAAUGAAAUGAAAGUUACUAACAAAGGAAUCGGACUUAAUACCAAUUUAAAUUCAUGGAGAUAUAAUAGAACGAUGGUGACUAAAAGUAUUAUGAUACCUUCAUUCUUAAGACAAUUUGUUCAAGAUAUAGAAAAAUUUUUUAAUGAAUUGGAUGGAUACUGGUUAGUUUCAGGAGAUGAAUUGGAUUUCUCAAAAUGGAUCUACAAGUUUGAGAACGAUUUAAUUAUUCAUACGUUCACAAAGAAAAAAACUUACGCAAUGGCAACUUAUUAUAAUUAUAUUUCACCAUAUAAUUGUAAAACUUUCAACCUUGAAAACGAACUUCGACAAUCUGAAGAAUUAAUUAAUCGAAUUCACCUUUGGCAAAAAAGCAUUCAUUUCUUUUAUUUUAUCCCAAAAUUAAUUAGGAGUUACGUACCUCCUUUUAAUUUUCAACAAUCAAAAUAUUUAAAGAACAUAGAAUGGUUAGAUAAAUAUUUAACUAAUAUAGUAAGAGACAGAAGAAAGGAAAUUGAGAAUACACCCAAAGACGAAAUGCUAAGCUCAGAUAUCUUAACAUUAUUUAUAUGUGCUAAUACAGAAAGAAGCAUACGAAUUGAUAAAGUAAAUAAUCAUUCAAAACCUAUGGCUGAUGAUGAGAUCAUGCAACUUAUGCUCGAAUCUAUAACUGGAGGUGUUAAUACUGUAAGUUCCGUGUUAUGUUUCACAAUAUAUCUUCUUUGCUCGAAUCCCGUAGCAAAAUACAAGGUUUAUGAAGAAAUAGAUCGAAUCUUCUGUGACGAUAAAACUCGUCCCAUAACUUACGAUGAUAUUAUUAAAAUGACUUAUACUGAAGCUUGUAUUAAAGAAUCUUUACGCAUCAUCCCUAUAGCACCAAUUCUUUACAAGAGCUCAAUUAAAGAAGAUACAAUCGGUGGUCUUGAUUGGAAAGCUGGUCAAGAAUUUUUUAUUAAUUGUAAUUAUAUCCAUCACAGCGAAGCACAUUGGUCAGAUCCAGAAUCAUUCAUACCCGAUAGAUUCCUUAAUUGCAAAAAAAGUGAAGAAAAUAGUUAUAUGCCAUUUGGUGGAGGAGUUAGAAUAUGCCCAGGACGUCAUAUGGGAAUGACUAAUGUUAAAACCUUAAUGGCAUUAAUAUUUAGAAAAUAUGAUAUUGAAUUAGGUGAAUCCGGAGAGUCAUUUAAAAAAUUUUUUAAUUUUGAUAAUAG